AUGCGUUUCAAUAACAACCUUUUGCUCGCCUCUUUCCUCGGCGUCGCAACCGCUCUCCGUCGAACCUGCUGGACCGAUCCUGCUAGCGACCUUCCCCGUACCGGCUUUUACUCCAUGACAAACCUCGACACUUGGAGUAAUGUCGCGGCGGACUUUUGCACUUCUGUCACAAACUUGCAAAAUCUAAACCCGAACCCUCCGAUCACUACGCAUAACUAUAUAAGAGUUCCUUGCAGAUACCCUCGAAUUCGCGAUUGCUCUAGGAUCCCGGGCACUGAUUAUGGGUAUUAUACGGUCGUCGACGGCGAGGAGGACCAAUUGACGAGUAUUGGACAGGAUUUCUGCUCAGAUGUCGAUGAAUUGGCGGAUUUGAAUCCCGACAUUACAAUGUACAUGGUCUCUAGUGGCAUGGUCCUCAAAGUUCCUUGCUCUUGGAACUAG